AUGCAGUAUGAAGAUGAUCCAAUCUACCAGAUGCCGUAUGAAGACAAGCCAGUAUACCAGAUACAGUAUGAAGAUGAUCUAGUAUACCAGAUAUGGUAUGAAGAUGAUCUAGUAUAUCAGAUACAGUAUGAAGAUGAUUCAGUAUACCAGAUACCAUAUAUAGACAAGCCAGUAUACCAGAUACAGUAUGAAGAUGAUCCAGUAUACCAGAUACAGUAUGAAGAUGAUCCAGUGUACCAGAUACCAUAUGAAGACGAUCCAGUAUACCAGAUACCGUAUGAAGAUGAUCUAGUAUACCAGACACCAUAUGAAGACAAGCCAGUAUACCAGAUGCAGUAUGAAGAUGAUCUAGUAUACCAGAUAUGGUAUGAAGAUGAUCUAGUAUAUCAGAUACAGUAUGAAGAUGAUUCAGUAUACCAGAUACCAUAUAUAGACAAGCCAGUAUACCAGAUACAGUAUGAAGAUGAUCCAGUAUACCAGAUACAGUAUGAAGAUGAUCCAGUGUACCAGAUAACAUAUGAAGACGAUCCAGUAUACCAGAUACCGUAUGAAGAUGAUCUAGUAUGCCAGAUACCAUAUGAAGACAAGCCAGUAUACCAGAUGCAGUAUGAAGAUGAUCCUGUAUACCAGAUACCGUAUUAA